UGAGAGUGACAGUAUUUGUUUUGUAAUAUUUUGUAUUUUUGUGGGAGGUGUAUUUUUGUAUUUUGAAUAGAAAUAAUAUAAUUAUUAUUUAAAUAAUUGUAUAAAAUAGCAAAUAAACGACUAUAAAAUAUAAAUAUAGAUUAUUGUUUGCUCGUUUGCUCAGGUUUUUUUAAAUUUGAUAUUAAAAUGAUAAUAUUUCUAAGCGAGUUACAGAAAGAACAUCUUGUUUUACUUCAUCAGCAUUCCACUCAAGUUUUAGUGGACUUUUGUAAGCUUACAAUAGACUAUCUCAGUAAUGGGAUAAAUCAGAAAAAAUGUGCCAUAGCUGCAGAAAAAUUGGAUAUAUCUGCUUUAGCUGUGCAAAAUAUUAUACAUGCAUUAGCAUAUUUGAUUGUUGAGGCAUGUAAACAUAGUCUAUCAGAACCUAAUUUCCAGUCAUCUUUAGCUUUAGCAGGUUUCUCGGAUGACAAACAAAAAGUUUUAGUAAAAUUCUAUAAUACCAAGAAAAAUGAAAUAUCUACAGCCCUGAACUUGCUUCUACAAAAAGAUCCUAGCUACCAGGAUCUUCUUUGGAGAUUUGAAAUACAGGUGGCUUCCAAGACUUCACAUGAAGAAAUAGUUCCAAUGGUAGCCAUGGAUUUUGUACUGACUACACCAAAAAACUAUGGCCAAUACGAAAAGGAAUACACACAAACAUCACCAAAGCAUACAAAUUCUGUAUCAAAUAUAAACAUUAAUGCAUCAAUUCAAGAUGCUAGGGCGUCCAGUCAGUGCCAGCAAAUUAUCAAUCAUGUUUUACUUCAAUGUGACAUGCCUAACUUGGUGAAUCUAACAAAUAAAUUAGAAUGUGCCCUUAAAGAAUCUAAAAGUCAACAUGUACGUAAAGUACAAAGGUCUUUAUAGUAAAUUCUAGUUAAGAUUUUAGUUAGGAUUUUUAUUUAUAAUUUAUUGUAUUAUAUUCGCAAUGUGUUAUAGAUUUAGAAGGUGUAAUAAAUGUAUUUAUAUUGUAA